AUGGGUGAGCCGGCGGAGGGGGUCAAGAACUAUCGCAAGCCGCGGCGGAGGCCCGCACAUUUGCGUACUAAAACUGGCUGUCUGACAUGUCGCCAGAGAAAGAAAAAGUGCGACGAACAUCCUGGCGUCUGCCAAAACUGUGCUAAAAGAAAGAUUGACUGCAUCUGGCCUGCGAAACCAAAUUCACGGUCCAACGAGCCAAGCCCGAGUGCGAGAGGACAGGAUGCCUCACCAUCACCUAGCCUUGCCACUGAGUCCGUUGAUAACAAUAACGCUGAACUCCAAGCCAUUGGCGAUGCAGACGAGCAGGUAUACACCUACUUCUCACCCUCUUCAGCUUCACUCUCGCCGGGAUCUGUUAUCCGCGGUGUGGACAACAACGACAACGAUGAGCUUCCUCUGAUAGUGUCUCCUCAACUCACUGCCUUCUCGUCAAACACCAAAAUACAUAGUCCUCCUCUGUUCGAUUACAUGCGGAUGGUGUUUGUCCCGCAGCUUGUUCGACCUGCGACCGACCGCCAAUACAUCGACGACUUCACAAGUGGCAGUCUUCAAGUCGCAAACAACAUACCAUUCUUCAUGGAUGCUCUGUUGGCUUGCUCUGCCGCCGAGAUUAAGAGAGACGACCCCUUCCAUCGCAGAAUGGCUGAAACACACUACAUCAACGCUGUGGGAGGGAUGCGAGCCUACCUCGCCCGGGACGAUUCUCCACUUGCAGAGAUUAUCGCCCUGCGGACUGUUCUCAUCCUGUGCAUCUAUGAGAGGACUCGUCUAUACCACUCCGAAGGAGUAUCUACUCAUCUGUAUGGUGCUGCCGCGCUGCUCAAGUCCUGCUGGAAGCGAAUGGAAGCAUCGAGGAGCAUGCCAGCUGCCUGGACUACCACACGCAUCCUUACCUUGGAGUCUUUCAUAUUCCAUGUGGCCACGAGCAUCCCCUUUCAGCAUCCCUCUCCGACCUCAUCUACUCUGGUUGAUGAAGCCUUUAUGAAUGCCCAACUUAUCCUGGAACAACUCUGGUUGGAAAACACAAUGGACUAUGCCUAUUCUCCAGUCCUCGGCGCACCCCCGAUGUUGUUCUCGUUCGUGCGACAAGUGGCACUGAUCUAUUCGCAAUUUCGCUGCCAAAGCUUCGACGUGCGCCAAUGCCAUCGUCUGGAACAGGAUCUCAGGCGGUGGAGUGAUGACAACAUUCCCAUCCCAAACACUCUGCACGUUGUCGGCUCCGACGAUGCCGUCAAUGGAUGUCUGGCCUUGUCUUUACUCACUGAUUCGCAGAAUGCCAGCCAGUCCUUCUUUGGUCCAAAACUCUAUACCUUUGCUGCGAAGCUUCUCCUGAGGCAUAUGAUAGCAUAUUCGUCUGGAAUGAGAGGCCAACGUCUCUCAACACACCUGUCGAGUUUGUUCUCAGAGCUGAUGGUUCUUGUCCGCUUCGUCGAACCAUCCGUGGAUUAUUUCGCAGAAUACUAUGCCUGGCCGUUCUAUUGCUUGGGGGUCUGCAUUGAAGGUGCACAGGCCCGAGACUUCUUGAUGAACAAGAUCAUGGCAUUUUGGAAGACAACUAGGAAUGGGACGAUGAGACGCCUGGCAGAUAUCUUACAAGAGGAUUGGGCACAUUAA